AUGGCGCCUGCGUUCAUGCGCGCUUGGCUCUUGAGCGGUGCCGUGCUAUGCAGCCACGCCAGGAUCGGCCAGCAACUCCAAGCUUCGCAUCCCCGCGUGGAGCUUCAUGUGCAUUUGGACGGUUCAAUGGACUUCGACACGCUGCUGGACAUCUGCAGGCAUAGGGGAGUUCAGCUACCUGGUGUUGGUGCCCCAAGAAGCAUCCAGGAUAUAGAGAGGUAUAUGGAAACUUUUGAGGGCUGGCAUCGCUUCGAUGCUGUGAACAACAUCGUUGGGGGCAGCGUUGCCUCCGUCCAGAUGGCAGCCGAGGCGUUUGUGAAAUUCCAAGCGACGUCUGGUGUUUCUUAUACAGAGGUUCGCUAUGACCCAGUGCGCCUCUCCAGAAGCAUCCUUGACAAUUCCUCGAUAUCAGAAGAGGAGGCAGUCAGAGCUGUUGAGGCUGGCCUUGCGAAAGGGUCAGCCAAGCAUGGCGUCGCAGUGUACCAGAUUCUUUGCGCGAUGAGAGGGGCAAGUCCCCAGCAAUGUUUCCAAACUGCAGAUCUUGCAUCAAAAUGCCGCAGCCGAUCCAUGGGUGGCGUUGUUGGCUUGGACCUGGCUGGUGAUGAGACGGACUUUCCCAACCGGGCGUACAUUGAUUGCUUCAAAUACGCGAAGUCGCUAGGACUGAACACCACUGUGCAUGCAGGUGAGUUCAACAAGACAAUGGGCAGUGAUGUAUUCUCUGCCAUAUACGAAAUGGCCGCUGACCGCAUUGGUCAUGGCUACGCAGCAGCGUUUAAUGCCAGUCUCCUUCAAGUGUUGAAAGAGCAGAACGUGCAUGUAGAGGCUUGUCCCAAGAGCGCUUUGCUUCACGGGCCUUGGGCCCUGAGUGCAAUCCACACCUUCAGGCAGUACGGCCUCAACUUUGGCCUGAAUACCGAUGAUCCUGCGCUCUUCUUCUCAAACACGAGUGCCUCAGAGGACGAGGACAUCGUUACCCAAAAGCUGAACUUCUCAGCGCAAGACGUUCGCGCUUCGUACGCGGAUGCCUAUCGCGCUCGUUUUGGAGAUGUCCAAGACGUGGCCGACGUAGCUCUUGUGUAUUAUGCAUAG